UUAAUUGAAGUAUUUGCAGAUCAUUUAUUAAACAAGAUGAUACUCUACGCUUAUAUUAUUGUUACUAUAUUCAGCAUUAUAACAUCUCCACUAUGUAAAGCAGAAGAACUUAUACUUCCUAUAACCACUUGCAAGCGAAAUUCAACUGACUUUGCGACUUGCUUAAAAGUUGCGUUAGAAGAAUCAUGGCCACGGUUUGUAAAAGGACUUCCAGAAUUUGAUUUUCCAUCUUUGGAUCCAUUUUACUACAAAUACGGCAAAGCUGUAAUAAAUAGAAACGGGAUUUCUGGAGAAUUUACAGUGACAAAUACUACUGCUUUUGGUAUAGCAUCGUCACGUUUUUUAGAUGUAAGGCCGCACUUUCUAGAUGAUGAUUUUCGUUUAGAAAUUGAUAGUUAUUUGCCGAAAGUAUUUGCUCAUAUUUAUGUGACUGGCAUUAAUUUUCUCGGAGUACGGGCAAAUGGCACAGGAACAGUAAAUGUAACACUAAACGAAAAUAGAGCAACAUGGGAUAUAACAGGACAUGUAAAAAAUGAUAGAUGGACUAUAGAACAUUUCCAAGUAACUUUGAUAAUUGAAAAAGUAACGGUUCGAAUCGAUGGUUUCUUUGAUGGAAAUGAAGACCUUAAUAAGAUUUUUGAAACUUUUACAAACGAAUUCUGGCCACCAAUUUAUCGAGCAUUUGCACCAACAUUCUUCGAAGUAUUGGACCCAACGUUUACUGAUUUAGCUAAUCGUUUUUUCUCGAAAGUUUCAUUUUCGAAAGUAUUUCCAUAAAAGUCGUACAUUUGUUGUACAUUAAGAAAUGUUAAAUUUUACGUAGAAAUAAAAAUAUGUUAUAUCCUAAA